AGUGUGGACUGGGGUGUUUCCACCUCGGACAAAAACUGACUAUAGUUUGCAUGUGCAAACUGUGAGAGAAAAUCCUGAUUUACUGCAUAGUUUUGGUGUUAAGCGUCUGUGUCCAUUGACUGAUAAAUUGAAUCAUUUCCACUUUGUCUCUGGAUAUCCACCAGAUGUACUACAUGACCUUUUUGAAGGCAUAAUACCAAGAGAAUUAGCGUUGUGUUUUCAGACUUUUACCAAGAAAAAGUACUUUACUUUGGCUGAACUCCAUGACUUAAUCAGACGUUUUCCCUUUAAGGGCUCAGACAAAGCUAACUGCCCUCAAGCAAUCCCUCAAAAUUACAGUAAUCGCAGAACUAUAGGAGGAAAUGCCCACGAAAACUGGGCCUUAAUCAGGUUCUUGCCUCUCAUUGUUGGUUCGCGGGUACCUGAGGGUGAUUCUGCCUGGCAGGUUCUCCUGACUUUAAAAGACAUAGUUGAAUUGGUGGUUGCCCCUGUUCAUACAGUUGAAACUAUUGCAUACCUCGACUCUAAAAUAUCUGAACAUCGUGAACAAUUCUUAGCUGCUUUUCCUAAAACUAAACUGACACCCAAACACCAUUUUUUGGAACACUACCCCGCCAUGAUUGAAGGUUAUGGGCCUCUGGUUAGUGUAUGGACUAUGAGAUUUGAGGCAAAACACAGCUUUUUUAAGCAGGUUGUUAGACACACUAACAAUUUCAAAAAUGUGUUGUUGACCCUUGCUACAAGACAUCAGCUGAUGAUGUCAUACCACUCUCGUACAGAUGUUGGAAAACAGCCAUUGUGUGUCACAAAAAUAUCUGAUAUAUCUUUAGAUGUGUUACAUUCAGACAUACAGGAAGCUCUAAAAGAAACAUCCCCACUUCUAUCUACUGUGCAGUUAGCCAACACUGUCACCUACUAUGGAACACGGUACACUGUUGGGAUGAUUUUGUCGUAUGGCUCUACUGGUGGGUUACCAGACUUUGUUGAGAUUCUUCAGAUAGCCAUACUAGACAACUCUGUAACAUUUUUUGUGAAGUUACUUGCUGCAUGGUAUGAAGAGCAUCUUAGAUCUUUUCAUCUGGAGGAGACUGGGAAAUUGUGUAUUGUGGAGCAGCAGAAACUUGCUGAUGUGUACCCUUUGGCAGCCUACAGUGUGGGAGGAAAACGCUUGGUUACACUCAAACGUCACAUCUGUUGUUAAUUUAAGGCUGGCAAAGAUGGAGGAAAAGCUCCGAGUAGUAAUUGAGGACCAGAUUGCGAAGUUGCUCCUUCCAUCGGGGAUCCCAUCCACUGUGGAGGAACUGCAAAGUGUUGUAAAGGAGACCUUUGGAAUACCUGUCGAGUUCAGUCUCCAGUAUUUGGAUUCUGAGUUCAAAGAUUUCUUUACCCUCCAUAAAAGUGACCAAAUCAAACACAAGGAUACCAUAAAGGUUGUUAAGGCUGCCCCGAUUCUUCUUGAGCUGCAUCCAGUUGAUCAUUUGGACAGUUCCUUUGGUCAACAAUCAACUGACUGUGAGUCUAGAUCUGAUGCAGAUUCAGUUGUAUUAAGUACAGAGUCAUCCUUUGGAUCAGUGUCCUCACAGGCGUCUACUGUUAUCCUGCCCAAGAAAAGUUCCACAGAGCGAUGCCAACCAUGGCCAAAGCAGUUCCCUAUUCCACAGUUUGCUUAUGAAACCGAGAUGUGCCUUGAAAGAGCAGCUGAAGACUAUCAGAUCAAUGGAACUUCUCUGAAUACUUCGAAGGUUAAGGCAGACAUACUUGAGAAAAUGUGUGAAACGAUGUAUACAUAUACAGCGUAUCCAUCAGGUGCACAGAUCAGUGACGUUGCUGAUGCACUUUGCAUGAAGUAUCCAUUUCUCAAGGAAUCAGGCUCAUUCUCCGGUAUCUAUGGCUGGCAACAAAGCUUAAAGUACAAAAUGGCAAAUUAUCGCACUAAACUCAGAGGCUUCGGAGUUCCGGAAGUGAUGUGCAAUGCACUCAAACGCAAAAGCCCUGCUGACCAGAAGUCUGCAAAGAGUAUCAAAAAGCCUAGAAAGGCAGAAGUUAACUACCUCCCCCCUUACCCGGCAGGAGAGAAUGAAGAAAUUCAAGAACAAGAGAGGAUUCAGCUACUCACUGAAGUAAGGAAAAGGGACAACAGCAAAGUGAUAAAAGACAAAAUGGGGAAAACAUUUGCACACAGAAGAAAUGAAAUUGUCAACCAAUCACCCAGCAUUGAGGACAUCAAUGCCAGAUGGCCUGCUCUAUUUGAGGCAUCUCAAAUCCAGGAUGAGUUUUACAGAAUCACAAUGGUGCAUCUUGAGUCAAAGUUCAUGGCCAAGCUGGAUGAAUACACUCCGAAGCUUUUGAAUCUCUACCAAGCCAAGGGUGGAGCCAUGGGGUUGAGGUUGCAGGCCAUCCUACUCAAGGCUCCAACCAAUCCUAACACUAACGUGACGAGAGCUGUUGUCAUCCGAUGUUUGGUGGUGUACCUUGGGGAAUCUUUAGAUCAUCUCCUUAAAGAGUAUGAUGAUGCUGAUGGAGACAGUGUGUCACAGGACCUUGCUGUGCAAAGAAUGACAAUCUACACCAUCAAGAGUAAUGGAUCAGAAGAUCCAGACGAUGUUGGUAUCAUAGUAGAGGGCCAGAAAGUUCUGACUGCUCUUGGUGACUUAACAAGGGCUUGCUCGAUCCUCAUUGGGUUGACCUAUGCUGUAAAUUUGGCCUAUCCCAAAGAGCUCAAAUAUACAUUUGAGGUCUUUCAGAAACUCCUCCUUGAGCUGGACUGUUCAAAGCUGUCCCCAAAAGUCAACAGCCUCAAAAACAAACUGCUAGCUUAAAGAGACUUGUGAGUGCUUCUUUAAGCUUUAUUUUAUUUAUUUUAUUUAACAAUGUGGUACUUUCAGUUAAGUCGCAAGACAGGCGCAAGCAGUAUCCUGCUAGUUUUGGUGUUCUUGUUUUGUAGUGAAACACUUGUAGGUGAACCAUGUCUUGUUCAGACAUUUUCAACUUAUUUCUGUUGAAUUGAUUGAUUAAAAAAAAAAAAAUCCUGUUUGAAAUGACAUUACUGACAAUCUGUUGUGUGAUUUUUGUAUGAUUUCAUGUAAAAUAAAGAUUACAGAAUUUUACAGUAAGGUUAAAUGUACCUUCCUUAGGUGUCUUAAGUUAAGUUACUCCAGCAAGACAUGAGUUUAUUUUCAUGCAUGGUUGACAUAACUUGAGUACAAUUUGGCAUUACAAGAAGCUAGGGCUAGCUAUGAUAUUAAGUCGUUAGGAAGGCGUUACACAAUGUACUGAAGUAUGACUUAAUAUAAUUGAUAUUAAUGAAUGCAAAUAAUCUUUAUCCAGACAGUAGUCUUUAUCAACUUUCACCAGAUAAUUAGAUAUAAAUCAAUUUUGCCCAAAUAUUUGGUAAAUAUAAAUAAGCUUGGCCUGGAUAUGUAGUAAAUAUAGGUAACUUUUGCCCAAAUAAUUAGUAAGUAUGAUUUAUUUUGGCUCAAAUAUGUAGUAAAUAUAAAUAGGUUUUGCCCAAAUAAUUGGUAAAUAUGAAUUAUGUUGGUCCAGGUAUGUAGUUAAUAAUAAUUAAUUUUGCCCAAAUAAUAAGUAAAUAUAAAUAGGUUGGCCUGGAUAUGUAGUAAAUAUAGGUCACUUUUGCCCAAAUAAUUAGUAAAUAUGAAUUAUGGUCCAGAUAUGUAGUUAAUAUUAAUUAAUUUUGCAUAGAUACUUAGUAAAUGUAAGUCAGAUUUCCUUGUGAUAAUUACAUAUUUAUUGUGUAAAUGUAGUUGAAUUAUUCAAUAAAUUUUAAUCAAAGUUGUAGUAUUAAAAUCUAUUCAAUUAUAUCACAUGUCACUUUGUUGCCACAAUUUUUUUAAGUAACUAGUGGUCACAUU